AUGUCUAGUUUUGUUACUGUGAAAUGGAUGGAGCAAAAGAAGAAAGUUGCCAAGAAAGCAUUUCUUCCACCAGCACUCACUGGCUUAAAGCUCCAGCUUGCUCGACUUUUCGAUAUUCGCCCACCCAUGAAAAUAGAAGCAAUAUAUGAUCCGGAUGGCAAUCUUAUUAACUCCAUUUCAGACAUAAUCUCUGGCAUGGAACUCAUGUUCUCUACAAAUCCUCCUGAACAAAAUAAUCAAGAAUCGGAUGACGAAGUUUAUCUUGAAGAAGAAAAAACGCCAGAAAAGCCUCGCAACCCACCGAAAUUUGUUGUUGGACCAAAGAAAAUCCAGCCACCUCCUGGCCAUCAAAAACCAAUCAUCCCUCCUCAAAGAAGACGCCGUGAGAGUGAAGAAGUUGCUACCGAAGAGGAAGAAGAAUCUCAUGAAGAGCAAAAUAACAUUCAAAAACAGCCAAAAAGCAAAAAAUCUUCAAUUUCUAAAGCAGAUGUACCAUUAUCUAAUAGUACAUUCACUUCUCGUGCAAGCAUGAGCUCACCAAAGUCCAAAGGAAACAAGAAUGAUCAGGAAAUCGAAAAUAAUGCCGAUGAUCAGCCGAAAUCUUCAUUAAAUAAACCAAAUUCGCACGCAUCGUCAAGGAGAUCACUUACAGCUUCACUUAACAGCAAUAAAAAUAGCCUUAAACCAUCAAAUACGAAUAAUCAAACCAAAUACCAAGAAAUUGAUGAAGAAGCCAACGAAAACAUGGUUUCUGAUAUGGUCGAAGCCAUGGAAAACACAAUUUCAAGAGAAAUCGACCCAGAUGAUGAAGAUAUUCCAAUUUCCAACGAAGAAGGCGACGACGAAUACGAAAGAUCGCAAGAGAAGACUCUCGAUGACGAGAACCAACUACAAAAUGAAGAAGAUCAGAUCAUUAAAGAGACAAAUCGUAAAAUCGAAGAAUCUCCGAAGACAGAAAAAGUCGGACCACGCUACUCACCGCUAAAUCCGAAAUAUUCUCCGAAAUCUCUCAGCGGAAUCUCUUCUCCUACGAAAUCUUCGCCAAAGAAGGAAGAAAAGGGCCAAAAGCCAAAGCUUGAGGUCCAGAAAGACGAGAACCUCAAAGAUCUCGACACAAAUGAGUACUUCAACGAUCAAUCCGAAAUGACAGAAAAAUCAUUUGUCGAAAAACCAAAUGAAAGCAGACAGAAGUCUCCUCCAAGGAGUCUGAAUCGUAAUAAGUCUCCAACGAACGCAGGAAAUAAGGAACAACCGCCGAUGUCCUCUCCUACCGUAAAUAAUCCACCUCCGAACUCUUCUCCAAAGCGCACUCCUUCUUCUCAGAAAGGUAUUAAGUUCUCCAAUACAGAAUCUGCUCUUUUGAAUGUAGAUUUGGCUCCAAGAGAAUCUCCAAAGCCAAAAGCUCCAGAAAGAAGCGUAGUAAGCGAUUCAAAGCACACAACUCCUGAAGAACUACUAGAUCCAUCAGAAAUCGAGAAGAAACGCCUUGAAAAGCUCGGAAUCAACCACGAUAACAUUAUUCAAAGUUCCUUAGCUGCAACACGCGAAGAGAUUGUCAGUGAAGAUGAUUUCAGACAGGCGCUUUACGCUGUAUCCCCUAUAAUGCAAAGAGCAAUGUCCGAACUCUCAAAUCUCGAACAAAUUCAAUUGAGAGAAAUUCUGAGGAGCCAAUUGAAAUUUUUGGGUGAACUUCCCUCUUUCUCUCAAAAUUUGGAACGAAAUUGUUUCGAGUUUUUGAACACGAUUAUGACAUAUUCACGCACAGGAUCAGUCCAGAAUGUCCACGCAGCGUUAGUUGGACCGAGAUCUUCCGGAAAAUCAACAGUUUUGAGAAUUGUUUUCAAAAAACUUCUCAACAUGAUGGCAGCGAACGGAACACUCAAGCACACGUUCUGCUUCUUCAUAGAUGCCAAGGAUUUGCUCAAAGAUACAGUUCUUGACAUCUAUCUCACGAUUGUCCGAAAUACAAUCGCUCAAAUGGCCGCACAGAGGCUUGAUUUCAGGCAACACGCAGAUCUCCUCCUUGGCUACUACGAGAAGUUCCUUACUCUCGAUAACAUCACUCCUUUACCUCCGAAAUUUGCUCUCGAAGAUGAUUUCAGAGGCGCAGCGUUUAUUUUGCAAGAAAUGAACGAGACAUUGUUCACAACAUUGAACAAACAGAAGGAUAUCGAGAGAUUCAUGAUGAACGCCGUAGUUAUUCCAUUAACUUUUUCACAGGCUUUCGGAUAUUCGAAGAUUGUGUUUGGCGUUGAUCACAUGGAUGUUCUUGACGUAAAUAUGCCUGAAGCGCACUACAGUUCUCAAGUUCCUCUGAUCGAAUACUUUAAGAUGAUGAUUUCCGAUGGUUUCUACAUUAUCUCCUGCGAAGAUGAAGAGAGACUCUACUCUACAUUGGAUUCCAUCACAGAACAAGGUAUCAAGCUCUUGUCUCAGACCACUUUUACCCCUAUCUAUGACAUGGAUCAAGACGAUAGAAAUGUAAAUGAUGUCACUUUUCUUCUCAAUGUUGAAGGAGAAAAAUCUUCAGUACAAUUGAGGUUAGGAGACUGCGGAGGCUGCUCGGGAUACGUUUCUAAGUGGAAUGAGAUCGCUACUGAUGGAAAAACAAUGUUCUAUCAAUUGCAGAAGGAAAAGAAACAAACUCGCCAAAUUAUGAAGAUGAAACUUCAACUUUUGAAGAAAUUAAGAACAUUCGCUUCUACUAUCUUUGAAGAUAACUUCGAAAAUAAGCUCAAAGACUUCGAAGUCCAAGUUAAUGAAAAUUAA